UAGAGACUAGAGUUAGCAUCAAAUUGUGUCUGUCCUUUGGAGAAGCAGGCAUAGCUUGGGUUCUAUGGUACAUAAUCUCUAAGGUAUUUGGCCUGGCAAAGACAAUGUACCCUUCUUGUCCAGUCUGCCCUGUGGGGAUGUGAGUCUAUAGACCUAGGCUAAAGUAGAGAAUGAGUGGGAAGAAAGUUGCUGCCCCACCCCGGCCCCCUGCCCCUAAGGUCACCCUAGAGAAGUUUCGUAGCAAGCCCAUUUCCACCGGUACCUCUCUGUCUAUCCGCUUCAAGUCACUGGAGGAAGAUGAUGACGAGGAACUGUUAAGUCUUGAUUCCAACAAGAAUGAAAAUGUUAAGAGUGGUUCCAGUCCAAGUACCAGAACAGAUGCUAGCACCUUAGCACGUUUCCAUACAGCCAGCAGAUCGCUGGAUGAGGACAAGCUCUACAGCCCCAGCCACCGUUUUGUGAACAACAAGGAAGAAAAAAGAACUCUGUUUGCAGGCAUCAAGGGUAAGCUAUCAGACAAGUUCCCUGCCAUUUCUAAGAAGUGGGAGGAGCUGUCCGGCGACUCGUCCAGUCCGAGUCCAGAAAAUGAAAGCAUGCAUGUAGAUACCCUGAAUCAUACCAUCCCAGGGGAGGUAACUCAUGUAAAACAGGAAAGGUCAACAUUGCCAUCUAGUUUUAGUAGUCCAAAUAUAAGACAAUUACCUCAGAGUAAUGUAAAGGUCAAAGGGGUAGAUACUAUUAUUGUAAAGGAGGACACAAUGAAUGGGGCCACAAGCUCACCAGCUAGGGGAAGGGUACCAUCUAUUGCAGAGGAUGACAAGGAGAGCAUCCAGGAUGCUAUUGAAAUUGUAGACGACUUCUACGGCCAAGAGGCUUUCGAGGAUUUCAGCGGUAGUGCAAAUGUGCCCACUCCAGAGAGCACUGUACGACAACGGUCAUCAAUUCAACGACUAAUCAAAAACAAGAGCUCAAGCGAGUCACCCUCAACACCAAUGUCAAUGUCUAGUUUACUGAAGAAGAAUGUCUCAGAAGAAUCGCCAGAAUCGGUCGAGUAUGACGGAAAUGUCUUCUUCGACCCGAACGAUGAUAGCAGCAAGUCCAAAUCCUCAGUUCAGGACAGUUCAGAGCCUUCCACGGAUUCCAGUGCCAGCAGUACUACUACUUUUGAAGAGUCCUCAAAGGAUUCUGGGUCUGCCAUUCCCAUCCAGAAGCUGGGAGUGUACACGCUGGUAUUGUUUGUGUAUCUCAUCCUUCCUCUACCAUCAUUCGUGUCCGGAUUGAUGGUGGGAAUAGCAUUAUCCUGUAUGGGAUGGACGGUCUAUCUGUGGAUUACCAAACCACCACAACCACGAGAACCAAUCAAAAUAGAGCCAUUAGAAGACUUACCCCCUAUGAUGGUUCCUGAAAUGAAGGAUUUGAGGCCUGAUGAUGGGAAAUAUAAGGGCUGGAUGAAUGAACUUCAGCAUUAUGAUCCCGACAAUUACCAUAUCAGUCAAACUCAGUCUGUGUUUGUGAGACUGGAAGGGACCUUACUCCGUCUGUCUCGCCCCAAAGUUGGGAUUCCCAAAAGGGCAAUGUGGGACGAGGCCCAUCCAACACCACAGUUUAUCCAUCAGAGGUAUAUGGACUUAGAAGGUAGUCGUUUGUAUUUAUUACCACCUGGGCUUGUGGACAAAAGGUUAUGGAGUAAAAAAUACCCGUUGUGUAUCGCAUUGUCUAAACUUGGGAACAAGAGCCAAUCAAAAUCGGGUCCACAGGGCAGUAAUCCACUUCAGGAGGAAGAGAUAGGUAGCCCUCCAAAGGAGGUGUGUGGAUUAGAGAUGAUCACCGAGCAGUCGUGUGAAAGUAAUGUUCUCUAUCUGUUUGCGCGGACUACUCGCGAAAAAGAGGAGUGGUAUUACAGGUUUUUAGGGGCGACGCGUGGAAAACCACUCCCCAACCACUUGCUGGAGAUACGUAAAGCUCUGGAGUUCAAACCCAAGCAUCGCCGCAGUAAUUCUGACCAGCCCACGAAACACAAGAGGAGCCCAUCAACGGACUCUGCUGGUUCUGUGGCAUCUGAAGAUUCCAGUACAAAGGAGGAUGUUACGGAGAGGAAGGCUGAUAUAGGGACGUUCGCUCAGUACAUGGCUCGCUUGAUGCCUGCUGAGCGCUCCCCUAAGGCUGCCAGCCCCACCCACACUAAGAGGGACAGUAUAAAGGAGGGUAAAGAGCCUACCAAGGAGUGGAGGAACUAUGCUGGCAGUAUUAGCUGCGACCCUCUAAUGUGGCUGAAUGCCCUGUUAGGAAGGUGCUUCUGGGACUUCUUAUUGAAGAAUUAUUGGAAGGACAAAAUACAAGAGAAGCUGGAGAAAAAACUCAGCAAAAUACACGUACCUUAUUUUAUGGAUGAGUUAAAAGUAACAGAUAUUGACAUGGGGACAGAAAUUCCUGUGAUACGACGUCCAUCAAAACCCUAUCUGGAUGAGAGAGGAUUCUGGGUGGAUUUAGAUGUGGCUUAUGGUGGAGGAUUCCGUAUGACCAUAGAAACCAAAAUGAACCUUAUGAGGCUGAAAGAGAAGAAACCAAAAUCUAAUCUGGAUGUAAAAAACGAAGGAAAAAGGUCAGCCAUCACUGACUCAGAAGAGGAAGAUAGUGCUGAAUCCUCUACUGAUGAUGAAGGGGAGGAAACUCCGGCAACUGGAGAUGAAAGUUCUGGUGGAGCCGGCAAGAAGUUACUGAAGUACCUAGACAAGAUCACCCAAUCCAAGUACUUCCAGAGUGCCACAGAGAUGAAGUACAUCAAAAAGGCUAUGGUGGGUGUGUCUAACACGCCACUCAUCCUCACUGUGGAGGUCCACUCCCUGGUGGGCACCCUAGCCAUCAACAUCCCCCCACCCCCUUCAGAUAGGCUCUGGUAUGGUUUCCGUGGUAACCCUCGUCUAUGGCUGGUUGCUAAGCCUAAGGUUGGAGAAAGAGAGGUCAAUGUGUCGCAUGUUACAGAGUGGAUUGAGAAAAAACUUGCUGUUGAAUUCCAGCGUGUUUUUGUGAUGCCCAACAUGGACGAUUUGACAAUUCCUUUGAUGAUGUCUGGCUUGCCAGCCGAGUCAAUACCACCUGUGCCCGCCGGUACCAACAGCUCAGAGGUCUGAGUCUUCCCCACCCCCACAGGCAGGACCACCGCCCACGAGUCAAAUAGUGCUCUUUUAUUCUGCAUCUACUCAUGUAAUGUUGCUGUAAUGUUCAUAUACAUGUAGAUUCUUCUGUGACCAUAAAACUCGCUGUCUGUCUGUCCUCAUCAUUUUGUAUUUAGCAUUUCACAUAUGUUUAUAACAUUAGCAAUCUGUUCAGAAAAUACAGCCUGUUAGACAUGAAACUUCUUAAUUUUGCCUGAAGAGAAAACUGUGAUGUUUAAUUUAUCUACUUCUGGUCCCGUGGACAUGCAAUUAUUGUAUUUCACCUAAAGGUUCGUUUUUUUUUUUUCGGAAGACUGAAUUUGCUUAAUUUUGAUUGAUUCGUCCACCUUUAUAGGGCAACAGGAGUUUUUCAAGGAGAUUGAUUUUAAUUUAUUAUCAGAAAAACUUAAGUGUUGGCAUCAAGUAUCAUUUUAAGGCCUGUAUGUCCUUCUGAAAGUGUAUUAUUACAAAUCAAACUCUAGGUGAAAUGCAGUAUGUUUAACCUGGUAGUUAACAUGGAGGAAAUAGAUUUGUGGGAAAGAUGUGACCCUGAGUGAGUAAGCCGCCGGACUCGUGGCCAUGAUAUACACAAGAUUCAGGCUCAAUCCUAGCCUUGGACAGCAGCAAAUGUGUAAAUUCCUUGCUCCCAUGGCUUGGAGGACUUGUGCACUUCACAGCAUUUGUACAUUCUUAAUUUUUGUUGAAGACCACUUGUCUUUCAUCAAUAUGGCUUGCAAGUUUGUAAAUCACAUUUGAGAAAGUUUGUCAGUAACUUGCCAAAAAUCUGUGGUAUGCCUUGGGCACUGCUAUUGUCUCCACCUAUAACACUGACUGCCGUUGUAAAAGUGAAUGAUUGUCAAGUGUGGCGUUAACAACAGUCAAAUUCAUAAAUUAAUUGAUGAAGACCGAUCAUUGUUUUAUGUGAGAAUCCAGGAGAGUAAAUCCUAUAAGUUAAAAGUUAGAAAUAAUGACAGAGUCACAUUUUGAGCAUACAUGUGCACGGUCUAUGUUACCUUGUAUGGCUUGUUGUUAUUGACUGCUCGUUUUGAAAUAUAAGGUGCCUCUAUCAUAUGUCGGUUUGACGUUUAGUUUAAACAGAGGCAUGUAAUUGUAUAAGAAUUCAACAGUGAAAUAGCCAUUCUGUGUGGAGAGCAGCAGCUAACUAU